GGUCGCUCUUUCUCUCCCCCUCCUUUCAGUGACGAAUUCCAUCCUAGCCCAUUUGGGAAGCUUGCUACGACCGACCAUGAGCGAGAAAGCACGUCUAAAAUGUACCGUCUACGUGGGGGGUCUUGACCAGGCCGUGACGAUGCAGACGCUGGCCGAGGCAUUCGUUCCCUUUGGUGAAGUGGUUGAUAUUACGCUCCCCAAACCCGAUCUCCCGAACUCCAACGAGCUCCACCGCGGGUUUGGAUAUGUGGAGUUUGAUCUGCCCGAAGAUGCGAAAGAGGCGAUCGACAACAUGGAUGGAAGCGAACUAUAUGGCCGGACAAUCAAGGUUGCUGCUGCUAAGCCGCAGAAGGACAGCAACGAAGGACUCGGCAGCAAGACGGCUAUCUGGGAACAGGAGGGGUACUUGGCCAAAUAUGCCGUCGAUGAGGAAGACAAAUUGGCUGCCGAGGGAGGCGAGACCGACGGAGCCGAACGUCAAGAUCCCAUGCAAGGACUCGAGGAACUGGACGUGGCCGGACCCAAGCCGGAAUGAGCUCUACGAUAAUCCACUCACGCCAGGGGCAACUGGCGAAACGAAGAAAAAGAGAAGCCAAGAAGCGGGCGACAGUAAUAUUGCGAUAUUACACCAUCAGGAACCCUUCGUUUAAAGCCGUACUAUUUACACGCGCUCCAACCCUGAGCCUGAGAAUUUUCGAGCAUUCCAUUCUUAACUCUGGCCGCGCGACAAGGCCCGACUACCCCGUGAAUGAUACAGAUCGCCGAAAAAUCAAACAAAGAAUCGCCCAUUGCAAUUUGAAAUCAAAUGUGAUGGUACAUUCUUAGUGCUCGCGGUCCUCGGGGCUGUUGCGGUACAGACGGAGGGUCUUGUCGGUCAUGAGCUUGCGGGUGCUGGAGUAGAUGGCAGCACCGACGGCGACACUGCGAUGGAACUGGGUCAGUGGAGGGCA